AUGCUUGUAGUGUCACAGCAACCCCAAAACAAUAAAUAUUUUUGUAUCAUCGUAUCGUUAUCUAGACUUAAAGUAGAUUAAUAAGCUCGUUAGCCGCAACACAAGUAGAUAGUGUUGUGAAACAAGAAAGAUAAUAACUUGCACAUUAGCCGCAAGGGUGAUUUGAGCAUUUUUUCUUUUUUGUCUUAAUUUACGUCAAUGGAAGUUCUAGUAUUUGGAUCGGCAAUUGUGGAUUUCAUUUGCUAUGUUCCUCGCUUACCAAAAGCUGGAGAAACACUACAUGGAACCUCAUUUGCGACUGGAUUCGGCGGAAAAGGUGCCAAUCAAUGUGUAGCUGCAGCAAAGUUGGGAGCUAAAACUGCAAUCAUUGCAAAAGUUGGAGGUGAUGCUUGGGGUAAAUCAUACCUUGAUCAUCUAGAAAAAGAGAAAGUUAACAUUGACCAUGUACAAAUAUGUCCAAACGAGACAACGGGUAUAGCUCAAAUAAGCGUUGCCGAUGGAGGGGAAAACAAUAUUGUGAUUGUAUCGGGAGCAAAUGAACUUCUAUCAGAAAGUGAUGUGAAAAAAGCUUCAGAUCUAUUCAGAGAAUCCAAAGUUCUAAUUUGUCAACUGGAGGCAUCAAUUGAAGCAACUAUUGUUGCUCUUAAAGAGUUUCCAGGUAUUUCAAUUCUAAAUGCAGCUCCAGCUCUGGAGAAUACACCAUCCGAACUUCUGGAGUAUUCAACAAUCUUUUGCGUGAAUGAAAAUGAAGCCGCUUUGAUUACUGGUUUCCCCAUCAAUAGUCUCGGUGACUCGAGAGCAGCCCUUCUCAGAUUGAUCGAAAUGGGUGCCAGUACUGUCAUAAUAACCCUCGGAGGACAAGGGGCUGUUUACAUGAAAAAAACUAAUACUCAAGAAAUGGUUCAUGUUCCAGCUGAAAAAGUUGCCAAGGUCAUAGACACAACCGGAGCUGGUGAUUCAUUUAUUGGAGCAUUAGCUUUUUAUAUAGCACGUUUUCCUGAUGUUCCUCUACACCAACAAAUUGGUGGCGCAUGUGAAGUUGCAUCGAUUUCUGUACAGUUCCCAGGAACACAAUCGAGUUUUCCCGAUGCCAAACAAAUUCACACCGACCUGACCAAAAAGCAAUUUGCAUGGAAAAUACUAUAAUUGUGUACUAUUGCAAUUAUUAUUCUCCUUUUUUGUAUAAAUGUCACAAUGCAGGUUUUAAUUAUAUUAUAUAGGUUAAUUUUGGUUUUCACAUAAAAAAAGCUAAUGAAUUAACCAUAGAAAAUAGUCUAUUACAAAGUUGUUUAUUUUUUGUUUUGGUUUUUUUUUUUUGUUUAAA